AUGACAACCAUUCGAGAGAUCUGCUGCAAUGAUCUUCUUGGCAUGACCAAUAUGAUGAUGGGUCAGGAAUCUAUGAGUAGACCUUUGUCAGACUAUAUGUCCACCAUGUCAGAAUACCCCGAGUACUCUCUUGUUGCUGUAGCUCCUGGCAAUCAAAUUGAGGGUUACAUUACUGCAAUUAAUGUUGGAGAAGGUUUAGAGAAGCAUUGCGAGAUUAAGGAGAUGCAUUACCUGAGAGGGGACAUGGCUGAGAUGCUACUCAAGACAGUAGAGGAAACAGCUGACAACAUGCAUAAUGUGUAUUAUUUGGAAGUAGAUUUGCAGUCAGACAAUGAAAAAUACCUUACGUUGUUCAAGAAAAUUGGGUAUACUUGCAGUAAGGAGUAUUAUGAUGUCAUUCAUGGAGAGCUAGUAAAUAAGACAGUACUCAAGAAAUAUUUGUCAGGUGGAGGCUUGCAUCUCUUGGCAGAAACUGCAGCAACCAGUACUGCCAUCUAA